AUGGCGACGUCCAUGACACAAACAGAAGCACAACGAGUGGCCUCUUUACCGAAACAGCAAGGAUGUUUAAUGCUAGCUCAAUAUCUCCAAUGGGACAUUGAUCUGAAUGAUGACGCCAAUAUGAGAGAAUCUAUUCUAUUAGAUUACCUUCAUGACACACUCAUGUUUGCUGUGGACCAUGGAUUCCCAUGGCUACAGGUUUGCAGCAUUGUGGACUUGGCUAGGGAGAUACAGCAACAAACUAUUGGUCAACCGCUUAGUUUUGCCAUCCAGCUAUACCGACAGAAAUCACUUGAGUAUGCCCACGAAGGUCGUAUCUCAGAUAAGAAUCUAAAGAUCUUCACUAGUCAUUUCUUUGCAACAUUCAUGAGGCACUACAAACUGUAUCAGUUUGUCUUUACUAAGCCACGUUUACCAAUGGUAACUCAACAUGAGCUGUGUGUGGAAACCCCGCCAGAUGUAUUUUCGCUCAAGGACAGUAAGCCUAAUCACAUCUGGGAGUACAAUCAGAAGCUGGCUUCUAUAGAGACUGAAGAGCAGGCAAGGAUGGAGGUCCUUCAGACUGAGAAAGAAAACUUACUCCAACAAGAACCUGGCUCAGAAAAACCUCUCUCUCUUUUAAAUAACUCUGAGGUACCAAUUGAACGAGAGAAUCUUUCCCAAGUGAUUAAGGAGGCAGUGAACCUUCAAGGAAACUACACAGAGCGGCUUCUUCAAGCCCAAGUAGAAGAGGUUCAGGAAGAUCUGGAUUAUUACUUUGAGAAAACCGCCCUACCACGCCCUGCAGCCCUCGGCCCACCUCCACGAACCAAGUCCCCGCCUCGUGUACCUCCGAAGAAUAAAACUGCCAGCAUUAAAAGUGGCGUUGCAGAUGGGAAAAAGAAGUCACUCGGGAGUGAGCUGUCGAAAGGAUCAGCUAAGUCGUCACGGUCAAAGACACCGAAAUCGGUCAAAAGCUAAGAGCAUAAAUUCAUUCAUGUUUCUCGUUUUGUCUUUCAAAAUUAUCUAUUGAGGAUACUGAAUGUCAGGCAUGGAAUUAAACAUAGGCCAUGGCCACCAGUGUCCCUGGUCUUGGCCUUGGUGCCCCUUCAAAUGUUCCCAUUGACUUUAAGAUUUUCCAAUGGAAGUGCCCUUUGCAAAAUGAAAAUGGUCUUGCCCUUUGAACGAAAUUCCAGGCCUGGGAUGUUUAUCUUGGUUCGACCAUCUUGGUUUUUUUUCAACUGAUAUUAAAGCAAUCACAUUGAAGCUGUGAGGGCAAAUAGUCUGGCCCCCUUAUUGAUAAAGUGUGUAUUAGUAUUAUUGCAUGUAGGGAAUAAGACCAAGGUGGCCAAUAUGCAAUACUUCACAUAUCAGCUCAUUUUGAACUGAACAGUAACAAGUUAUUUUAAGAUAAACGACAUUGGCACAAUUGUUUUAUUUAUUGACUUUGUAUUAAGUAAUCAGUCAACAAGAACAUUCACUCAUUUUAACACAGUAUUUAAGUUGUAGAUGAAAACUUUAUUUAGCGUCAACAAUUUUACUUACUUUUUUUUUUGUCGUCCAGACAUUUAACACAGUUAUCCUUUGAUAGAGAACAUUCGCCUGUGUGAACAGUUUAGCAACAAUGCCCAAAUCAGCAGCAAAAGGCAGUGAGGUUUUUUUUCUAUUUCCAAUCAACCAAAAGUCACAAAAUUGAUCAUGUCUGGACUUGAUCAUUUAAUAUUUUAGUAUACUUCAGAUUAUUUCCUUAAAAACAAAACAAAUGUAGAGCGGGAUAAAGCCCUGCUCAAAAUUCCUGCGAAUGCAAAUGCGAAGCAAAUUUUUACGUCGCAGGGCUGUUUUCGCAGCCAAUGUUUCACAGGAGUUGAACACAGUUCAACUGUUUCAAAUUAUUCACUGAUAAUUUGUGAUGGAAGGAUGACCCAGGCUUCACACAGGAAAGCAUGGUCUCUAUUGGGUUUAUCUUGCAUGUGUUUGCAAUUUGUUUUUAUGUACUUCGAAGAGUUAUAUUAUUGUUAGUAAUUUUGUUAUACAAAUGUCACCAAUUCGUUUUAAUUUAUUAUUUGUCUUUCACUCAUUUCAUGGUUUAACGAUAACUCACUAUUACACUUCACCAACUUAUACUGCACAGCAGAGAGGGUUCUAAAGAAAUAUUAUUGCUGGUAAUUUUUAAAUGCAAAUAUCACCAAUUUGUUUUAAUUUCUCAUUUGUUUUUCACUUAUUUCAUUGUUUAACAAUAACUCACUAUUAAAUAUCACCAACUUUCACAAAGACUUUAUAAAUAUUUAACGAUAAAAUGUAUAUAUAUUUACUUGAUUUUCAAGUUUAUUUAUCUUCCAAAGUUAACUACACAAAGAUUUAAAAUUGUAAAGAAAUGUGUAAAAUGAACACUUUAAUUGUCAGAAAUGCUUGAUGCAUCUUGGUGAAUAAUUGAACCAACCACCCAUAAAAAGAUGAUUCAAUAUGUCUUGUUUCUCUUGGUACUCGUUAUAGAGUAGCUAAUCACAAAACAUGUUUGCUUACAGUAUAGCAGCGUAUCAUUCAUGACACUGUUAGCGGACUGUGUUAGUUCACAAAGUUAAGAGGAAAACCACACAAUUUCAAGGGGUAUUUGUUUCAAUCAUUAUAUUCUACUUUUAAACAUCUUUCCAAAGCAUCCAAUCAGAAAGUCACCUAGACCCAUUUUCAUAGAGCUGCUUAACGACCGAAGCGCUGCUAAAUCAUAAGCACAUGAAAGUGCAUGCUAACCUUCCGGUGCUUACUGCAGGAAAAUGAAUGACGUCACAAUGUAAAUCUAUUGUGAACGCUCAAGACAGCUGAAGCACUGCUAAAUCAUAAGCACAUGAAAGUGCAUGCUAACCUUCUGGUGCUUACUGCAGGAAAAUGAAUGACGUCACAAUGUAAAUCCAUUGUGAACGCUCAAGACAGCUGAAGCACUGCUAAAUCAUAAGCACAUGAAAGUGCAUGCUAACCUUCUGGUGCUUACUGCAGGAAAAUGAAUGACGUCACAAUGUAAAUCCAUUGUGAACGCUCAAGACAGCUGCCUUAUUUUCUUGCUCACUUGUGAAAUACUUUUACACCUUAGCAAGUUUUUCUGUUAUAGUAAGCAAAAUUUUGUCCUUACCGUUGAGCAGCGCUAAAUGCAAACUGGGCCCUGUUUGCCAAGCAGCCAACUCACAACAUGCAUCAAGAGAUUAAAUGACAAAUUUUCAUGUAUAUAGCUUUUUCCAACUCAGGGAGUUUCUUGCAUUUAUCACUAAAUCACAUGUGUAUGUUUUGGAUGUAUUAUACUCCUUUAUAAUAAAACUUCAUUUGAAUUCUAUUGUUGAAAAGCACAGUUGAGUUUACUUAUUAUUUGUAGUAUGUGUUUAAAAAUUCACAAAGACCAAACGCCAAUUUUAUGGAUUUUAUGGAUAAGUUAAUCACAAAAGAAUUUUGUUCACCAGAAAAAAGGGUUGUCAGCCACUAUGCUGUAGCAGUAUACCGCUAGUGACACUGUUGUGCUGAAAUUUAAGAAAACUUAGCUUGUCAAUUCUUUGGCCUUAAUAUCAUUCAUAACCAUUGCACCUUAAAAAUGUUCCCACAGACCAAGAUUUUUCAACGAUUUUCCCUUUGCAAAAUGAAAAUGGCCUUGCCCUCUCAAAGAUGAAAUUCCAGGCCUGAAGCCCUAAAUCUUUAUCAGCAGGUUUUUGAUAAUCAAAUCGCAGGCCUGAUACUUCACGGAGGCAACGAAGGCGAUUGCCUCCGUGUCCCCUGGUCAUUGCCUUGGUGCCCUAGAA